CGAGAAUAACGACGACACUUGACGAGAACUUCCGAGCGACCCUUUAAUUCAUUAAAAAAUCUGCUAUAUUGAGCAAUACCACGUUUGCGUCGAUUAUUCACAGAAUUUUAUACUUUGCAGCGAUUUCUGUCUUCUGCAAGACUUAAAAGAUAAAAUAUGAGGUGAGUGCGUGGUAAAAAUUGUUGUAUUUAUUUUGUAAAUAUUGAAGAUUCCCAAAAACGUUCAGAUUAAGAAGAAUGCACGGAUUACAUGAUUACAUGAAUCGCAUGACCGCACGAACACAUGUGAACAAGGUAGUAGUGAUUGGACGCAUGAUCUGCAAAUCUAGGGUCAACCAAGGUUCUAAAGGACUAAAUGGAAUGAGGAAAGCAGCUAGCUGCUCAUGCAUGUUAUUAGUAGCAUGCUAUAUCAUUUUUUUGAAAUGCAUUCCACUUUACAGUAUAUAAUGUAGUUUUUCCCUCAAAAGAUUGCCAGCCACUACAACCUGUUUCCUGGCUAAAGUACUUUGGCAACCUUUUGAGGUAAAAACUGCAUAUAUCUGCUCUAUCCAUAUGAUAUCAAGGACUCUUGAGCAUUUCAUGAACCAAAUAUGUAUAAUAAUAUGAAUCACGAAUGUGUUCACAAAAUGCUCGAUAAAGAGUGCUCGAUAUCAUAUAGAUAGAGCAGAUAUUAGAGGUUUGCAAAUCCGAUCUGUUCGGAUUUCAGAACCAAUAUAUUCAUUUCGGAUCGGAUUGAUAAAGUCGGAUUAUCCAAUGCAUUUAUCAAAGCAUUAUCACGGUUCUCACUGCAUUAUUCGCUUGAUACUUCAAUUGGACGUCACUUUGUCAGCUUCUUGACAUGUAUUUCUUGCCUUUAUAUUUAUUUGGUUUUAAAUAUUUCAACUUGAAUGAGAAAUUUAUUUUAUUAAAGAAUUCUUCAGAUCGGAUUGGAAUUCUUUAUCAAAACUUGGAUCGGAUUCGGAUUAGACAAUUUCGGAUUGGAUUUUAAACAUUCGGCAAUUGUUGGAUUAUAAACGUCCAAUCCGAUGCGAUGCACACCUCUAGCAGAUAUAGUUGUUUUACCUGAAAAGGUUGCUGCAACAGCCUGAACAUCCAAGACUGAUGAUUCCUCUUGGAUGAAACAGGCUAUUGUGGCAACCUUUUCAAGUAAAACAACUAUAUAUAUAUAUAUAUAUAUACAUGCUUGAUUUUCCCCACAGCAUCAAAGAAGGAGUUCUCUUGGGUAUGGGCAAUCCACUUUUGGAUAUAAGUGCAGUUGUUGAAAGCGACUUCUUAGCAAAGUAUGGCUUAAAAGCAAACGAUGCAAUACUGGCAACAGACCAACACAAACCAAUGUGAGUCAAUUCAAAUAUUAUUUCUAAAAGCGUAUUAUACCACUGGCAUCAACCAUGAUCAAAUCCAACUAUUGUGAGUCAAUUUUGUAGGUAUCAAGAAAUGGUCGAGUUAAAAAAUGUUGAUUAUAUGGCCGGAGGUGCAACUCAAAACACAAUCAGAGUUGCACAAUGGUUGAUGCAACUGCCCAAGGCUGCGUCAUACAUUGGCUGUGUAGGUAAGACUGUUAUUCUAUGGUGUACGAGUCUAGCAAUGCAACUAACCCAAUUAUUGGACCACUGUGGCUACAAAAAGAAAACUGGUUGUUCAAAGCAUGGUUAACACUAACCCUGGGUUAACAUUUAACCCAUUGAGCACUGUGGUUUAUGUAUUUCUGUACAUCUGUUUAUUUCAAAACUUCAGAAAAUGAAACAUCUGAUAAUUUCCAAGUUUAUAAAUAAGCUGCUGGGAAGUAGUGAAGUAUGCUUCAAAUUUCACGUUGUCCCAGGAUUAAGCUAACCAGCUUUUGAACCAGCACAUGGUAUUUUAGUACAAUCAAAUUUGAAGCAUUGUUCUCAUGCGAUGUGAAAUUAUAACGAGACUAGCAUGAAUAUCUAGCUGGAAUCUGGGUACACCAGCUAAAGACACAUGCAGUAACCACCGUCUCAUUUUAGGAAAAGAUGAUUUUGGUAAAAUUCUUCAACAAAAAGCAGAAGAAGCAGGCGUUUGUGUACAAUAUUUACAUAGUGAUGACCAAGAUACCGGCACAUGUGCUGUGUGUAUAAGUAACAACAAUACUGCAAGGUAACAUAUGGAAAGCUUAUGUUCAAUCAGUUCAAAACUGUUCUCCUUAGAGGUCCAGUCAGGUUAUAUCCUUUACAGUACUGCUGCAUACAAUGUCAUGCAGUUGCCUGACAAAACUGAAAUAACCAGAGCAAACCUCAAGCAUUCUUCGCACUUGCAACAGAGGUGAAAUUAUAAUCAGACUACUGCAUAUGCAGGAAACCAGUCCAGAUGUGAUUAAUUAUGGUACAUGUACUGACCUCUGUGUACUGCUAAUAUUUCAGAUCACUUGUGGCAAACUUAGCAGCAGCCAAUCACUAUAAGAAAGAACAUUUACUGGAAAAUUGGAAGACAGUGGAAAAUGCAGAAAUAUUUUAUAUAUCAGUAAGAUGAUCUACCAUAAAAAAGCUUAAUAUUAUAAAUUGUAUAUGCUGUAUAUAAACCAGUCUAUAUACUGAUUUCAGAUUUUUAUAAUAAAAUCCACACUCUAGCUAUUACGUUGUCAUCUUCAUAUGAUCACCAUGACCAACUAGGAAACCAAGAAGGUCAACGAAAUUAUUGCUACUGCAAACUUCUUUUCUCUACUUUACAAACCUCACAAAUCUUUUCUGUUUCAGGGAUUCUUUCUGACUGUUUCACCGGAGUCAAUUAUGUUGGUUGCAACACAUGCAACAGAAAAUAAAAAAGUAAGGAUCUGAUACUUACAUCAGAAACCACUGCCAAUGGUAGACUGUCUUCACUGCUAUUUUACUCCAGGAUGGAUUUACUGGGAGAGGUGUACAAGGGGGGAGUGUACAUCUUCUAAAUGUAUCCAUCCCUGACUGCAUGGGAGGGGGUGUACAAGGGGGGUGGGUGCACAUCUCCUAAAUGCCUCCAUCCCUAACUGGGAGGGGGUGUACAAGGGGGGGUGUGCACAUCUCCUAAAUGCAAUCCAUCCCUGAUAAAUUUCAGUUUGUUUCUGAGAAGGUCAUAAUAAAACUUUGAUAAAUUUCUUUCCAGGUUUUCACAAUGAAUUUGUCUGCGCCAUUCAUUGCCCAGUUUUUCAAAGGACCUUUGAUGAAUGCAAUGCCACAUGUUGAUGUCUUGUUUGGAAAUGAAUCUGUAUGUUGAAUAUUUCUUAUGUUUAUUUUCAUCAUCAAAGAAAUAUGCUUAGCCUUUCAUAAGCAACCUAAAACUAUACCUACCGUAAUCCUAACAAGUAAUUAUUGUCCUGCAUAGGAGGCUCUGAUAUUCUCAAAAGAACAAGGAUUUGAGGUAUGUGAUACUUUUUAGUUCUGUGUUCUUUGUUUAUAAUGCCAUAUAACAUGAUGCCAGAAAAUGAAUUCAAAACACAAUGUUAUAUAAUUCUAUCAAAAUUCCAGACAGAAGAUAUAAAAGAAAUAGCAAUAAAGAUCGCUAACCUGCCACAGGCUAAGGACAAGAAAUCACGAACAGUUGUUAUCACUCAGGGAAACGAGCCCACCCUAGUUGUUCAAGGUAAUGUUUGGUUGGCCCUUUACGUAUGUGAUAGUACACCCUGCAUCUGAUUUUAUUCCUCAAGCAGACAGUGCUGCCACUCAAUGGCCCAGCAAUGCUUAAUUUUUCAUAAGAUAUCUGCAGAUUGCAAGAGAUACAAGUUCUACCUGAAAACGAAGAUUCAACAACAUAAGAAAUUUCCAAUUUUCCAAUGGGGGGGGGGUGCCACUGAACUUAGCAGGCUGACAAAGGGCCUUCGCUCAAAACAUCAAAGUUCUGCUUGUAUUUUUCAGAUAGUUGUAUCUGUCGCAAUCCACGUAUACCGUUAUCUUAUUAUUGUCUCUAGCCUACAUACACUGGCAUGGAUUGCUCCAGAUUAAUUUUUCUUUGUUGAACUCUUUGAACAGAUGGUAAAGUUACUGAGUAUCCAGUUUCGUUGAUAAAACAAGAAUCUAUUGUUGAUACAAAUGGUGCAGGGGAUGCCUUUGUCGGAGGUGAGAAUGCAGCUUGACAUAUAAUCCAAACUGAUCAGUUCGAAAUUGUUCUUCAUAGAGGCCAGUAAGGAUUACCCAUUUGGUCCAGUGUUACUACAGAGAAAUCCAGAGUACCCAAUGAAAACCAGCAAUGUUUUGUAGAGUCACUG